AUUAAACGUUUAAAAAAAUUUUAAAUUAUUUAUUGAAAAAAAUAUGAUGUAAAACUUAUAAUUUGAAACUGGCUCUGUCGUCAGUGACCAUUUGAAAACUCAUGACAAAAGCGCCACCUGCCACGCACAAAAUCCGCCGUAGCCAGGCUGCACGCACACGUGGGUACUUCGGAUCUUUUGGCUAUGAAACUGCCGUGUCGAACGUAGCGAAAUCAUGUCUCUCAUAGUGCCUCCUAAAUACAACCACAUCCUUCGUGUUGUCGGUACCAACAUCGAUGGUAACCGGAACAUCAUGUUCGCCAUGACGGCGAUCAAGGGUGUUGGUCGUCGUUAUGCCAACAUUGUUUUGAAGAAGGCUGAUGUCGAUCUCAAGAAAAGGGCCGGUGAAUUGACCGAUGAUGAGGUUGAAAAAGUCAUCACUAUCAUGGCAAACCCCCGCCAGUACAAGAUCAAAGACUGGUUCUUGAACAGACAAAAAGACAUUGUUGACGGAAAAUACAGUCAACUGACAUCCUCGAAUUUAGAUUCCAAACUCCGUGAGGAUUUGGAGCGCAUGAAGAAAAUUCGUGCCCACAGAGGUCUUCGUCAUUACUGGGGUCUCCGUGUGCGCGGUCAGCACACCAAGACCACUGGCAGACGUGGUCGCACCGUUGGUGUAUCGAAGAAGAAGUAAUUCAUUACUAAUAUAUCAAAGAAGAAAACGAGUUUUCUACUGUGGAUUUGGUGUAUCCAAAUAGAUGUAAUUUAUUAAGAAAAUCCUUAUCCAAGGUGGAAAUAAAUUAUAUUUUCAAUUGGA